UGUAUGUUGUGCGCUUUAUUGAGCAGAGUCUGCCCACUUAUAUACACAGGUUGUUGUGCAGUGGGUUCAAGUGGAACAGGGAAGGGAGUUGGAAUAACGUUAAACCACACCAUAUGAUUGUGGAUGGCCAGCACAACGUCACCGAGGCCAUCUAGGAACGACAUGAGCACAGACGGCUUCAUCACUACUUUCAAGUUGUUUCUUCCAUGCAACACAGAUUAUCUGCAUCUG